CCGGAGAGGAGGAAUGAAAGGCGAGCUGAAACUGGAGGAGGUGGAGGUAAAUCCCGCUCACUGGUGCACUUCACCUCCGGCCUCGGCACGGAUCGCGUACACCACGGACGAGUUUGCCUCCUGGAGCGAUCGAUCGCCGUUUUCGGGUCCACCCUACGACCUCCGUAGUCGUCGAGCCUGUUCGUGUCUAAGCGACCCCGUCCAUCGAUCGGUUUUGUGUGUCGCGCGUGUGUCACCAACGACGACCGACGUCCGCAGGACAUCCACCUGGAUAAGGUGAACGUGGACAGACGACGCGUCGAGCUCUCCGGCGCGAGUGCUCCCAAAGUGACAGUUCUCUCGCGACAGAUUCCGCUGGAGAGGUGUGUGAACGUUCGCAAACCGUGCAGAAGAAUGCGGUAGGAUGCGCAUCCAGGAAAGAUGCUUUCUGUGCGCGGUCGCAGGACUGUGUCUGCUGGCAGGGACUGUCGCGGUCGCCGCACUCGACCUGCAGACGCAGGCCACCGAUGAUGGAAUCGACGUGACGGAAGUGCCGGGCGUGAAACCUCUCCGCGUCGACGCGAAAAACGACACCAACGAUCGGAAGUCCGAGUACCCGGUCAAGGAACAGGAUUCAAAGACCACGAUCGAGCCCAAGAAGAAACCAGUGGACUUCAAAGUCAAAACCGAUCAGAAGUACCAAAAACCUAGCAAAGAUGACGACUCGAAGCGAGGCGAAUCAGACGAUGCUGGAACAACGACGAUGCCUUGGAUGACGUCGACGAAGUCCAUGGAGGAUAUCGCUACGAGGCCAAUGGAGACGAUGGGAAUCACGAUUCCUUUGUUAUUUCACGGUGAACCUAUUAUACCUAUGAAGGAUGAGUCGAAUGGAUCGACUGUCAUGAUGGAAUCUUCUGGUAGCGAGAAUGCUACCGAGGAAAUGAGAACCACUGAGGAGACUACAGCUUCUAGAGGGAGGGCGUUAAAUAUCUCUGCUCCGGAGCCUACUAACUCCUUGCACUCGAACAUCACUGACCUUAGCGAUGUUAGCAUGGAUGAUGAUGACAAAGAUGUCGAAGGCGGAGAAUACGUAGCUCCUCACAACGAGACCUCCAUGAACAUCUCCUCGACGCUGCUACCGAUCACAAUGUGCACCGACGGGAAUCAGACGUAUUCUAUAGGCGAAAAGAUCAUCAGAGGUUGCGAGGAAAAGUGUAUUUGCGGCGAGCACGGCGCGGUGAUAGACUGCAAACCUCUUUGCACGUCGCCUUAUGCCAAAGCCAACAGAGGUGUCGAGGAUCCGCUGUGCCAGGAGAAGCUAGUUAACGAGGAACCUUGCUGCGCGAUUCUGGUCUGUGCUGCUGACUCUGUUUCUGCCGCAGCGCCAGAACCGGAGGAGAGCUGCGUCUUCGGGAACGAGACGAUCAUGCGAGGUCAAAGGGUCGAAGACGGCUGCACCAGAGUCUGCGUUUGCGAGAUGGGCGGUGUCUUAAAAUGUCAACCUAGGUGUCCUCCGAACGAGACCACGUCUGCGACCAACCAGCACGAUCGUUGCGUCGUCCUCACCGAUCCAAGAGACUCUUGCUGCACUAUCACCCUCUGCGACGUGACCCUAGGCGACCAUGAGAUCAGGCCAGAGGUCUCGGGCGAACUAACCGUCAAUCUGACCGAUGUCAAGGUCCUGAAUUCCACGGCGAUCAAGCUGAAACUCUCUGCGAAGAACCCGCAGGAUGUUACCAUUGAGAUCUCUGACAAGAAUCAUGUCUGGAGGCAGCAGAAGCCCGACAAAGACGGUAUAAUAUCGAACCUAGAGCCAGCUCGAACGUACUCGGUUCGCGUGACCGAAGGGACCAAAGCCGGUCCGGCCCUGCAAGUCGUCCUCCCAGCGGAAGUGAUUAAGACAAACAUUUCUGAGAAGACUGGGGAUAAGAACACCUGCAGUCACAGGGGAAAAACGUACAAAAUGGGCGCGGAAUGGUACGACGAGUGCAUCUCGUUCUGCAUGUGCGCUGAGAAUGGUAUGGCGGAUUGUUUGACCAUCGAAUGUCCCACCGACUUCGGGCUCGACGUGCUGGACCCUCAUUGUUUGGACUGGGAGACCGUUCCGCCGAACUUCGUCGCGAAACCGCCUAAUUGCUGUCCUCAGGAAGUACGCUGCAUCAAUAACGGCUCGUGCAGUUACGAGGACAAAAUGUACGACAACUGGAGCGAGCUGCCAUCGAACGUAACCGGCUGCGAGAAGAGAUGCUACUGCGAGAUGGGCAACGUGUCCUGCCAGGCUGCCUGUCCACCUGUCGCAGCUCUGCCACCUGCUACGUUGCCCUGUCCACCGUAUCAGGCCAUUCUGACGCAGCUGCCCGGCGAAGACUGCUGCAAGGAAUGGACCUGCAAUCAUCAGUCUGGUCAGCAGCCAGGAACGAACGCGACCGCCGUGUUCCCGGGCCCGUUGGCCUUGGACGCGUUCGAUAGGCCGAGUAACAAGUCCGGCCAGAAAGACAGCGGCGUCGACGCCGGAAGCAACCACGGGCUGUUCCACUAUCCGAUGGACCCGGGCCACCCGACGAUCCCGUACAACGGGCCCUACAACCCCGACUACAGGCCCACGCACCCCAGCGUCGAGGACGUGUUCCAUUUGCACCAGCCGCAGGUGCCGGAAAAGCCGGCGAAAGAGAAGGCCAAGAUGAAAUCGGACGCGAAGAAGCCUGUGGAGCCGAUCGUCAAGCCGGUCCCGCACAAGGACGACUAUUUCCCGGGUCCGUUGGCGCCGGACAAGUUCCCGGACAAGUCGCCGCCGCUUCCAUACCCCGUGGAGCCACCUGGCCACGCCCUGCCUCUGCCGGUGAAUUCGAACAAAUUGCCGAAAGCCGGGAUUCCGACCGAUCGGCCACAGUUCAUUCCGUUGAGUCCGCACCAGAACGUAGGCCCGGGGUUCGCCUUCGUGCCCACCAUCGGCCAGAACGUGCCCCAGAACAGUCUGAACCCUCCACUGGAUCCGACCGGGCCUCCGUAUCGCGGCCCCGUUCUCCAGGACAGCUUGGACCCGAACGUGAUCGUGCCUCUUAGCCCGAAGAAGAAGACCUCGGACCAAGAGAAAACCAAGGUCCCGCCGCAAGGUCUGCCCGGCAGGCCCAAGCAAGGCCAACGGAACCCCGAACAGGAGAUCCUCCCCGAGGAGCUGUACCAUCUGAUCGAUCUGCACCAUCCGGGCCUGGUGCAGCUCGACCGCGGCCCGCCCGACGCCCACCCGGGUCUGUACGAUAUCCACCAGCAAAUCGCAGGUCAGAAACAGUCGAACACCAAUCAGAUACAGCCCGGGUACUUCGCCGGGCCCGCCGCCGGCCCGAAGAAGCCCGCCAAGCCGCACGUGUACACGCAAACGAACGAAAACGGCGAGACCACCUACCAUAUCCACACGCCGGACAUACCCAGCACGCCGCAGCAGAUCGAGGAACUGCUAGCGCAUAUCGCUGAACACGAUCCCAAUCCCGGACCGUUCCAACACUAUCCCGGACAGCCAGCCAUACCUCAUAACGGGCCGAGUGGCCCGCAGGCCACUCUGCCGGUUCACCUACCGCAUUCGGGACUCACGCACUUGAAUCACCCGUUCGCUGCACAAUCGCCUAACCAGUCAGGUAUGGAUCACAAUAUCCCACCAGGUUUCCCAUUACCUGGCGGCAUUCCUGGAUUUCCAGUUGCGUCUUCGUCGGACGAGGUCUCCGUGCAAAUGCUCGAAGCUCUCGAUGAAAAAACCGUUCGCCUCGUCUUCACUGUGCCGCAAGUUCUGGUGGGACUUCAUGGUCGCGUCGAGCUACGAUACACCAACGAUAAAACGAACAACGACGUCUCCACCUGGAAGUCUCAGGUGUUCGCGCCGCCGAACGAUCUGAUCGCGACACCCCAGCUAGAAUUCGAGUUAGGCGACCUGAAGCCGUCGACGGACUACAAGGUGAAGAUCACGGUGAAGCUGAAGGACCUGGCCAACAGUCCCACCAGCAAGAUCUACACCGUGAGAACCCUCGAGAAACGAGCAGAGGUAGUGACCUUGCCGCCGCAAAUUCCGAUCGACGCCGAGCUGAAAGUCACCGAAACGAACUCCACCUGGAUCAACGUGAUGUGGAAGAAGUUCACCGAGUACGAGCUACAGUUCAUCGACGGCGUUCAGCUGCGUUACAAGCAGCUAGAUGGCAAGGUCUACUCUGGCACACCUUUGAUCCACAGGGCGGUCACCAACUUCGUGAUCGAGAACCUGAAGCCAGCCACGACGUACGAGGUCGGCAUCUUCUUCGUGCCGUUCCCGGGACAACUAACGGAGCUCGUCAGCGAGCAGACGGUCCAUGUGACGACAUCGAUGGAACCGGACCCGUACUCGUUCGAGGUCAGGGUGGAGAUCAAGACGAUCAAGUCGACGGACGUGGAGGUGACCUGGAGCGGUGUGCCCUAUCCAGAAGACAAGUACGUGAACAUCUACAGGGCGAUCUACCAAAGCGACAGUGGCAAAGAGGAUACUAGCACGUUCAAAAUCGCCAAACGGGACUCGCAUCCGAAGACGGUGAUCAGCGACCUGAAGCCGGGGACCAGGUACCGAUUGUGGCUCGAGGUGUAUCUGACCAACGGCAAGAUAAAGAAAAGCAACGUGCAGGACUUCGUUACCAAGCCUGGCGUCCUUUUACCUGCCACGAUCUCUCAGCAAGCAGGGAAAUUGGCUUCGGUGCCUCUCCACGAAGGCGAUUAUUAUGGUCCGCUGGUGGUCGUGGCGAUCGUCGCGUCCCUCGCGAUCCUCUCGACCUUGAUACUGCUCAUGAUGCUGAUGAAAAGGCGGACCAGCAGCAAAGCCGACAUAUCCCCACGUAAAACCACAUCCGCCUACGACAAUCCUUCCUACAAGACUUGUGAGGAUCCCGUGGCGAUGUCCAACGGUAGGAACAAGAACCUAGAGCACGAGAUGGCCACCAUCAACAACAGCACCGUCAAGGAGUCCGCUUGAGGUCCUGUAAUUUAUUGAAACUGUAUUUAUUUAUGCGAGACCGGAAGACGUUCGGAUACCGGAAGAAAGCGAUGAAACUCUCGCGGACCCCGACCUUGAGUCUCAGCUCCUUAGGGCCUAAAGAAUGAACGAAGUGCCUUGAAUCGUCAGAAGAUCGAAUGUACUGCCUUAACGUCCGGACGAUGAGGAAUCAUUGAUAAUUGUCUCGCCUUUCAUUCCUGCCAGUGGAAUUGUAUUAAAUUUUGUAAAUAGCGGUAUCGUGCGACGCUGCAGUUGGCUCGGAAUCGAUUCCCUGGUCACUGAACUCGCCAUGGUGAUUAUAAAUAGGUCACAGAUAUUUACGCAUACGUAAGAAGAAAACAAACAUCUCUUAUUUCGUUUUUCUUCAUUUGUAAUGGAGUGUUGAACUAAACACACGAGCUUUGAAAUCUUUGUUACCAUUGUCAUCAGCCACAAUCGUCUUAAAAUUUUUAUCAAAAAUUAAAUAACUUUAUUCUUAUACGUACGUUUAUCUAUGGAAAUCAAUAUACAUUUGUAAAUGGAGUUAGAGAACAUAUCAGCAACGAAAUUUUCUCAAUAAGCAACAUAUUAUUUUUCCGAGACAACGCUGUGCAAUUGAGUCAGAAAAGGCCGGAAGAGACCUAUUUAUGAGAAAGUGAUUCUCGGGGAUCGCUAAUUCCGAUCUGGCUACAAUGAUCGCAUUAGGUGAUAAGAUACUAUAUUGUACUGUUAAGAAUUGAUACGCCUGUUCUCUGUAUUUAAUGUUAAUUAAUUAAGUCGUGAUUAAGAAACCCCGAUGGGCGUCGAUAAACCCAGCUGUGUUUUUUUGUACAGUUCACAUUUACAUCUGUUUAGAGAUCGAUAUAUAUAUAAUAAACGAGACGUAGCACGUCGAAUUUGUUCAUUCGUUCAAUCAAGACACGUUAUUGUUAAAGGUAGAGAAAUAUAUUUAUUGGCCACAAGUAAAUAACUACAUCGAAAUGAAACAAAGGGAAAGGAGACUUAUUCUACAUCAGACUGUUGUAUACAUAGACGACUUUCCAACCACACGAAUGUACGUAUUGUAGGCAAUAAAACAGUGUUAUCGUU